GAAUUCAGUCGCAAGCGCAAUGAAGGUGAUCGCAGCCGUUUUGCUGUGCUUAUUGAUUAUCCGCACGGCCCAUGGACAGUACGUGAGUUGCCGGAAUCCCAACCAGCGGACUGGAUAUUGCGUGAACAUCCCCUUGUGUGUGCCACUGAAUUCCGUGCUGGCGAAGAGUAAUCCUACAGACUCCGAGAUGCGGUUCAUCCGAGAAUCCCGUUGCCUCGUAUCUGACCAGAGCGAUCUGCCAUUCGUCUGCUGCACUCCGGAUACGGACUACAACACGACGCGUGCUAGACCUAACGACGAAGUGAUACAUUCCACUUUGCUUCCCGAUCGGUCCAUCUGUGGGGGCGAUAUAGCGUACAACCAGAUCACGAAAGGCAACGAAACCGUUCUCACUGAAUUCGCCUGGAUGGUGCUGUUAGAGUACCGUCCUCAUGAUGGACAACAAUUGAGAACAUACUGCGCGGGAUCACUGAUCAAUAAUCGAUAUGUUGUAACAGCGGCUCACUGCGUGUCGGCUGCUACUAGGGCCCGCAAAGGAGAUGUCUCUUUCAGAGUCUCUGUGAGAUUGGGCGAGCAUAACACCAGUGCCGUGGUGGAUUGCCUCAAUGGAAGGUGCCUACCGGAACCUGUGCAAAUCGCGGUCGAGGAGAUCCGCAUACAUGAAAGCUUCGGUACCCGAUUGUUUUGGAACGACAUUGCUCUGAUCCGUUUGGCGAGAGAGGUUGCCUAUUCGCCCAGCAUUCGACCUGUUUGCUUGCCCUCGACUGUGGGUCUGCAAAACUGGCAAUCCGGCCAGGCGUUUACCGUGGCAGGAUGGGGUAGAACCCUUACCAGCGAAAGCAGUCCCGUCAAGAUGAAAUUGAGGGUAACGUACGUGGAGCCUGGCCUGUGUCGUCGCAAGUAUGCUAGCAUAGUGGUCCUGGGUGACUCCCACUUGUGCGCCGAAGGUAGAAGUCGGGGUGAUAGCUGCGAUGGGGACUCCGGCGGACCACUGAUGGCAUUCCACGAGGGCGUUUGGGUCCUUGGGGGCAUUGUGUCCUUUGGCCUGAACUGCGGCUCACGAUUCUGGCCAGCUGUCUACACAAAUGUUCUUUCUUACGAAACGUGGAUCACGCAGAAUAUACGACCUUAAGUUUAUGCUCUCUCCAUACACAAGCAUAAAUAGAUUUUAAUAAGGAAAGGUAGUUGUGAACUCACCUUAUCAAUAAAUGUGUUUCUGAAU